ACCAUUUCGUAUGUAGUUGACGUAAAUGUCGAACGCUAGUUAAUUUUAAAAAUUCUAAAAUUUAAUUUUUUAUCAUCAGCAUUGUUAAUAUUUGUUUGAAAAUUAAUCAUGACUGCAACUCCAUUACAAAUGCAGUCUUUUCAAAACCAACAAAAGAACUAUUUAUAUAAUUCACCCAAUAUUCUACCUAACAAUCGUAACAGUGUACCAAGUAGCCCUUUUCUUCCUGGGUAUCUAUUCGGAAACUCGCCACAACCAGGUAAUUCCCAAACAAACAGUGGAGGUUAUUCUAAUAAUCAAAGAUUUGUACCUACAGCAACCUCGUUGGGCUCAGGACAAGGGUUCUCAUUUUCUUCUCCUGAUCUUCAAAAGUACCAACCACAACAAACUCACCCGCGCCAUUCACUUUUAAAAGAAGGUGCACCACCAACUGAAAGUUUAUUUACUCCUUUAAGUGGAUCACCAGAAAAUCUUAUGGAGACAGAGACAACUUAUAGAGAAUUUCAAUCUCCUUCUGAACUUUUCUUGACACCAAGUAAUCAAUCAUUUAAUAAAAGUUUGUUUCCAACUUCUCACGAUUUUAUUCCACAAUCUCCAGCACAAAUUGAUCCAUUCUAUUCUCAAGAAGAUGUAAUAAAUAGUGAUGAUAUCAUUGAUGACACUGCUGUUACUGUAUUUGGUUUUCCUCCUGCAGCAUCUUCGUAUAUUUUGCAAGAGUUCUCUCAGUAUGGUACCAUUGAAAAGUAUGAAAUGCACAAUGUUGGAAAUUGGCUACACAUAAAGUAUCAAACUCGUAUACAGGCAAAAAAAGCUCUUAGUAAAAACGGUAAACAAUAUGCUCAACGAAUUAUGGUUGGUGUACUUCCCUGUAUUAAAAAGCAGAUUGGUGUGGAUGGUGAUUUGACAUCUGCAAGUUCUUUAAAUAUAUCAGCAAAUACACCAAACAAGCUAAUCAACAAUAAACCCAGCACAAUGCGACAAUUAUCAUCAAGAAAUGCUAGUGGAACAUCUACAACAGAUUUUUUUUCAAAAGAUAUUACUCCUCAAAAAAAAGACUCCGUUAUGUCAAAAGCAUUAGACUAUGUGUUUGGAUGGUAAACACAUUUUCUAUAUCUAUUGUGGGUGUAAUCAUAUAAAAAAUUGUAAAAAAUAUUUGUGCAAAUACAUUUAUAUAGUUUUA